AUGCCGACAGAACAAGAAGAGCUGGUGGAGUUCCUUCACCACGGCAAUACGCAGAUUCGACAGAUUGGUAAGAACCCCGCCAGCGCCUCGAACUUCGAACUUCGAUGUCCAAACCCCCCACAACCCAACGUCGCGCCGAUCCAUCCAAGCCUCUUCAAGCGACAUCAACUACUUCCUGUCCGAGACCUGAAGCUGCUGGCGAAGGACUACACACCUAUUGCGAAAAAUGCCUUGACGAUGCUUAUCAACCUCUCCAAUGAUGAGGAGAUCCUGGAGUGCCUGGCCAGCGAUGACGAGUUCCUCGAGAUCUUGCUCAGGAAGCUCAUGAAUGUCAAGGAGCCCAACGCCGAUGAGUUUGCCAUGUUGCUAGCCAACCUCGUCAAAUCCGACCACCUCAAGAAACUCCACACACUGAAGCGGAAAGCCCCCGCAGCAGUUUCCACCUCUGAGAAUGCCAUCGACCAGCUGAUGGACUGUUUUGUGAAGGGUGCCGAGGGCGGUCUCAACAAGCACGCCAACUUCGACUACCUCUCCUACCUCUUCGCCGAUCUGUCCCAAACCGAGACGGGGAGAGCGUACUUUACUACGCGGCAGGAGUACGACGGAGUGGUGCCAAUCACGAAGCUGACCGUCUUCACGGAACACGAGAGCAACAUUCGACGGAAGGGAGUCGCCUCCACCAUCAAGAACGUGGCCUUUGAUGUCGCUUCACAUCCCAUGCUUUUCAGCGAGGACGACGCCAAUUUGCUGCCAUAUCUGCUGCUUCCGAUCGCGGGACCGGAAGAAUUCCCGGACGACGAGAUGAUGUCGAUGUUGCCGGAUCUGCAGCUCCUGCCCCCAGAUAAGAAGCGAGACAGUGACAACACCAUCAUCACCACCCAUCUAGAGACCCUGCUCCUUCUGACUACGACUCGAGACGGCCGUGAGAAGAUCCGUGCCGCACAAGUGUACCCCUUCGUCCGGGAAUGCCACCUCCACGUGGAGGACGAGGAGGUGCGGGAGGCCUGUGACCGGCUGGUGCAGGUGAUUAUGCGAGACGAGGAGGGCGAGGGAGAAAAGACUGAUGCUGAAUUGACCGAGGCUCAGAAGCAGAUUGAAGGGGCUCCUCAGGCGCAAGCGCAGGAGGAAGAUGAGAAGGUGGUGGAGCUGUUCUAG